AUGUCCCUCGGUCCAGAAGCCUCUCAGAUUCCGGUAAUAGUCCGCCGCGGACUGCCUCGCUUAAACCCUCGCAUUCCUCCCAUUGCCAAGGCCUCUGGUCCUGGCAAGUUGGCCGCCAUUUCUCAUGGCAAACUCCAGCGAGAAUCCAUGUCCCACUCGCCUGACCUCCGUCGAUGCCUCGGCCACCACGACGUCUAUCGCAAAUCCGUGAAGGCCGCCCAGGAGAAUGCUCGACAGAGCAUUGACGCCAUGAGUGGCGAAGAAGAAGCCGUCUCCGGCGAUACACCCACCAGAAACGAAUCUAAAGAUGAGAACACCAUGCCUCAUUUCCGCGCCCAGAUCACCAAUGCGGUCAAAGCAAUGGUUCGGCGUCGUUAUCACACCAGUACUUCGGAGACCCUGCAGCCAAAACUGCCAGAAGCCAAGCUGCAAGAAGCCAAACUACAAGCGAUUCCAGUAGUCGCUCAAGGGUCACCGCGAGUGGUGACAGUUACCAAAAGAACCCGUCGUAACACACCCUGGUUCCUACCAGGGCGCAAGACUUUCUCACAAUCGAGCCAACUGAUUCCGCCAAAUGCUGCGGGUUGA